UGUCAUGCGACAAUGUACACAAACACAAUGCCAUGUGUCGUAAAUACCAUAGUAUAAGUCACCGUCAUGUUUGUCGUUGUCGGCAAUAAUACAUCUAAUUUACGAGGAAGUUUAAACUAUAUCGGCGUACGUUGACAAUGUGAUAUUCGUGCUUUUAUGACAUCAGUCGGUCGGGAAAGAAUGAAGGAAACCUCAUCUUGCCAUUUGAAACAACGUGGAUGUUCUUCAAAGGCAUUUGGUCCCAGUUUAUCAGCGUGUCAUUGAACGCACCACCAAUUCGACUCCAGAUGCGCGAGGGCCCUUGAAGACGAGGCGAGUUAGUUUCUUGCUUUGUUUAUUAUUUUUUUCAAUGCUCUUAAAGUUCUCUGCUGGAUGGGAGCAACACCCUGAGCUCUUAGUCAUACUUCUCCUCCGCAUAAGACGACGAAAAGACAGCAAAGUUUAGCAAAGACGAAUAGAAGCACAGCUGACAGACAUUUGAGGAAGCAGAAUGGUGAUCCCUUACAAGGGCCAGUCCUACGCUGAUCUAAAGAAGAAGUGUCACCAGCUUGGGUGCCUCUUUGAGGACCCUCUCUUCCCUGCUUCUGACCAAUCGCUCUUCUUCCAUCGCAACCGCGUCGGCCUCGUCAUCUGGAAGAGGCCAAGGGAACUGUGUGGAGAGCCGAGCCUCGUUGUGAAUGGCAUCAGCGCUCAUGAUCUCAACCAGGGUCUCCUGGGGAACUGCUGGUUUGUGGCGGCCUGCUCCUGUCUGGCCUCACAGGAAGCCCUCUGGCAGAAGGUGAUUCCUGACUGCAAGGACCAGGACUGGGACACCAAUGCCCCAGACUCCCACACCGGGAUCUUCCACUUCUCCUUCUGGAGGUUUGGCGAGUGGGUGGAUGUGGUUAUUGACGACCGGCUGCCCACUGUGAAGGGAAAGCUGCUCUACUGUCACUCAAACGAUGCUAACGAGUUCUGGAGCGCACUGGCGGAGAAGGCCUACGCCAAGUUGGCCGGGUGCUACGAGGCGCUGGAUGGGGGCAACACGGCCGACGCCUUGACGGACUUCACUGGAGGCUUGUCGGAGCCGAUAAAUCUUGUAGGAACCGGUGUGAGGACAGACGAGGUGAAACGUGGCAACUUGUUUGAGAGAGUCCUGAAAGUCCACAACAGAGGAGGCCUCAUCAGCUGUGCUGUCAAGGUGAGCAGUGUCACUGAAAUGGAGUUCAAGUUACCCAGCGGCCUGGUCAAGGGCCACGCCUACGCUGUGACGGAUGUGCGAGAGGUGAGCCUUGGUCGUGGCAUGAUGUCGUCCUCCUCCAAGGGGCAAAAAAUCACAUUGAUCCGUGUGAGGAACCCCUGGGGGAAGAGCGAGUGGAACGGACCUUGGAGUGACGGUUCUCCUGAGUGGAAACUAGUCAGCAAGAGUGAUUGGGAGAAAAUGGGUGUCACUGUGCAGGACGACGGUGAGUUCUGGAUGACCUUUGAUGACUUCACCGACAACUUCACAGACGUCAUCUUGUGUCGCCUCAUCAACACCUCCUAUAUGAGCAUUUACAAGACCUGGGAGGAGGUUAUGGUGCGCGGCUCUUGGCAGCACCAUGAUGAGCCGAUGAAGAACCGAGCGGGGGGCUGCACCAAUAACAAGGACUCUUUCUUUCAGAACCCUCAGUACAUGUUCAACAUAAAGAAAGAGGAAGACGAAGCUCUCAUCUGUCUGCAGCAGAAAGACCGCAAAGCCUCACUGAGAAGAGGCAUAGAAGCGUACUUUGCCAUCGGUUUUGAUAUAUACAAGGUGGAGUUGAACAGGACGUACCGUAUGCACAGCCUCUUGCAGAAGGUGGGGAGCAGUGUCUACAUCAACACCAGGUCUGUUUUCUUGCGCGUCGACCUCAAACAGGGACGUUACAUCAUCAUACCCACAACUUUUGAAGCCAAAAAGGAGGGUGGCUUCAUGCUUCGCGUCUUCACCGACGAGGUGUCACGGUUCAAGGAGCUGACUCUGGACCAGCCACCCCGACCUUCCUGUUUGUGUCUGUCAGGGUAUCCCCAGGUGGUCACUCAGCUGCAUAUCCAGCAGGGUAAUGAUCUGUCUCGACAAGAUUGUGACCCCUACCUGAUCAUUUACUGUGAAGGAGAAAGAAUUCGCACACCGGUCCAUCAAGGCACACGCAGUCCUAACUUUGACAUCAAGUUUCUCUUCUACAGGAAGAGACCUAACCAGCCAAUCAAGAUUGAGGUCUACGCAUACAGCAUGGUGAGGGACAGCUUCCUGGGUCAGGUGAUCGUGACCAAGGAGAUCGAUAACUUGCAGAAGACGCUCUACUUGAAGGACAGACGUAAUCGCCAUGACAACAAGGUCAGCGGCACCCUAAACAUCGCCAUGGUGACCAGCUCGGAGCUCACCGCUAUAUAAGAAGUCAUAAGCCAUUUACACUUUUAUUCUUUUAUUAUAAAAAGUUUUAGACGCAAUAUCCUUUUAUUCCUCUUUUUUUUUUUUUUUAAAAGUCAUUGAGUUUAUAAACUGAGUUUGUAGUUCACUUUAUUAAUGUUAUUUUUCUGUUAUUUUUACAACCACUUUGCUUUAUGUAAGUGUAUUUCCUCCUCUGACUGACCUACAAAGUAGAUUUUUUUUAUGCACAAAAUUUACUGAUUCCAACACAUUCUAAUCCGAAGUCUUUUUUGAAGCACUAAGAUUUUAUGCCAAAUUUGUCGGCUGAAUUGUGUGGCAUAAUGAUGAAUAAAUGUUAAAAGUACA